GACCUGACAACAUCCAGGCUAAUCCACUGGUCAUUCCAGUGAUGGAUUAACUAGUGAAGUGUGCUGCAUCAACUUCAGUAAACAAACUCAGCAAUGGUUUGCAAAUCAUCCACCCUCAAUAUGUUAUGACUAUGAUCGAGAUGUGUUUGUUGGAUUUUAAUCUGAAGAAGAAAGGAAGUGGAAAGCAACAGGAAAUAUGGGUGUGGUCAAUGCUAAUCCAGAAUUAUCCUGCCAGUUACACAAGGCCAGAUUACUGCCUCUUCAGUGCCUGCUGGGAAGAGAACAGAGCGGCGACAACACUAUUUGGUUGAGUCAGUUUGUCCGUAUCUAAUCCUAAUUUCUGCUGCCGUCUGGAUUGAAUUGGAGAGAGAUGGCUCUUCUGCGCUCGGGCUGGCUGUGGCGCCAAACUUCUGUUCUCAAGAGGUGGAAGUUGAACUGGUGUGACCUCUGGGUGGACGGGAGUCUUCGCUUCUACAAGACAGACACGCGGCGGGAGCUGGAGCACCGGGUCAACCUGAAGACCAUGUGCUUGGACGUCCGCUCGGGCCUGGAGUGCGGAGGCGUGUGUCCUCCUGAGAGCAGCCCCCGCGAGAACCUCCUGCUGGUCCAGCUCAGAGACGGAUCAACGCUGAACCUGUGCUCCAACAGCGAGGACGAGUCCAUAGCCUGGAAACUGACCCUGCUGGAGACCAGGAGGAACCCGGUGUUCACUUACGACCCGUACGACGAUUCCUACCAGACCCUGCCUCUCAACAGCUACCAGACCAUCUACCUCGCUCCAGGCACUCACCAGGUGGUGCUGCAGAGAGACCCGUUUGAUGGAGUGGCUGACAGCCUGGCCAUGGGGAUCCUGGCGGGUCUGGCGGCGGGAGCUGCCAUGCGCUCCUUCCUCUGGAUGCCCUUCUUCUUAUGUUGAAGCCCGAGACUCCAGCAGAGCUCAGGAUGCAGACAUCUACCAUCGUUCAAGCAGUUAUUUGGCUUGUUUUUUUUUCCUCUUUAUCUCCAUAACUUCUCACAAACACAAAACAAAAACUUUUUUUUCUUCUUCCGGACACUGCCUCGCUGCAACAGUCCAGGUUGUAUGGAUCUAAAAUCCACCUGAACAAGUAACUACUUAUGACGCAUGUUACUCUUUCAUCAAGUUGCUAGGUUUAAAAUAACCAACUUUGUUGUUAAAUUAUUUUAUUAUUUUUCUGAAACUUUUGCUUUCUUCAAGUUGUGUCUGUAAAAUAUUGGAAUUUCAAAUCUUCAAAUAAUAAAUAUUUUUUUCUCUUGAUUAUUCUGUAUUAUGGUAAAAAAAACAAAAAAAAACAGAAAUAUUUUCAAUUAUAAGAGCAAAUAAAACAAAAAAAAACACCACUAAAUUAAUUGAUCAUUACAAAUUGGAUUUGUAAUUAAAAAAAAAAUCUUAAAAAAAAAAAUAAAGUUAAAGAUAUUUAUAAAUAUAUUAUGAACAUAAGUGACAUAAAAAAGUUAUUUUGAUAAUAGCUUGAAGAAAAAAAAUCAUAAGUGCAAUUAGUUUAAAAAAUUUCAUAAAUAACUUGAUUUAAAAAUAAUGAUAAAAAUAAUUCCUUGAAAUGUCUUGUGCUAAAUUUUAUUUAUGUAUUUUUCAUCUGAGUUCAUAAAAAUAUUGUUUUUAAUUUUAUAUAUAUAUAUAUGUAUAUAUAUGUAUGUAUGUAUUUUUCUUAGUUGUAAACGAUAUAAAACAAAUACUUACAACCAAAUAAACAAAAAUUUAAUAUGUGCACGUGCGGCAUCUUGGGAUAAACGGCCACAUUUGUCCUGCUCUUCGGGGGAAAUCUAUUAUAUAAAAAUAAAUUCAUGCAAACACCACUUAUUGGCACGAAAGUGCCUCACAGUGCAGCGUUUGAAUCUGAUCCUAUAUGUACAGUUUUUUUACAAACACAGAGUGACCUAUGUUUCGACCUUGAAACAUGUUAUGGGAGAGUCAGUGGGUUGAAGAUUAAAACGCGAGGAGCUGCAGUUGAAGGUGAAACAGCUGAUGAUCUGGUGAAUAGUAUUAAACUUCAGAUGGGGGGAAGCAGCCCUAUAAACAGCCGAGCACAGUUUGUGUUUGAAUUCAGGCUGGAGUUACUCCUCCUUAGCUGCCAAGUGGUGGCCUUCCCCUCCGCCGGCUCGCUUCCCUUCUCCUUGAAGUUUUCGGAUCAGAUCCAUGGGUCCCUUCCCCAUCAGUGCAGACGGGUGCCUGUAGGAGCCGCCCAGCCGGUCCCACAGGGUGAAGUACUGCCCGUAGUUGUAGUCAAAGAAGAGGUGGUGGUCCGUGUGGUGGGCGGAGCCGUUGACAGCGCCGGCCAGGAAGCCGGGGACGCGGUAGUCGCCGUCGUGGAUGGAGAUGGUCCAGAUGUUGACGAAGACAUAGAGGAGCAGGUAGAGGACCUUGUGCAGCGGGAAGAGGAAGGGGUAGAUGUGGUAGGGCAGACCCUGCAUGAAGCCGUCCACCGGGUGGAAGGCGUGGCUGGCGAAGGGGGUGGGGAUCUUCCACACGUGGUGAGGCUUGUGGAAGAGCUGUGGACGCAAGCAGGACAAAUGAGAGGGGACCUUCUCAGUAGGUGAUGGUGGACGGUGCUGUCAGGGAAAUGGUUCCUCUCACGCCGCCACUCACCUUGUAAAUCAGCUUGUGAUGCAGGAAACGAUGAAUCCAGUAAAUACACAUGUCGGUGAAGAACAGGAAGGAGAUCAUGCUGAGGAAGAGCCCGCUCCAUCCUGCACACACACACAGGCCAGGUCACUAUCUUCCUCUUCUGCAGGUUGUUGUUGCAGUUGCUGACAAAGGAACUGCUCUUCAGCAGAGCAUCUGAAAUCCGGGGAGCAGAUUUGUGGAGCGUACCCAGAGGAGACUGGUCGACGUUGUCGUACAGCCGGCUGUAUCCUCGCACUUCGGCGAAAAACAGGGCGACAGUGGGGAUGCUGAUGACUGGCAGCGAGGUCAUGGCGUACUUGAUCUCCCUCCGAACCUGGUUCUGCAGAGACCAGACGGAACAGGGUCGCCCUUAGAUAUAGUGAGCUACUGAUGUCAGGAAGUUGAGUUUUUUCAGUUGAGGAUUGUAGCAACCAUAACCAAUGCUAUUAAAGUCAGUUUAUUAAGGGGGAGCUAUGAGUACAUGCAUUUAAAAUACAUGCAUUUAAAAUGAUCAUAUAACAUAUAUUUUACAAAUGUGUAUGUAAAAUUAAAUUAUUUUUUAUGAAUGUUAAAAAACACCUGAUUUAAAAAUAAUAAUAAUAAUUUCAAUUUCAAGUAAUUUCAUUGUACACACACAUAUAUGUAUGAAUAUCAAAAUCAUUUUAAAAAAAUGUUUUAUGAGCAUUUAAGAAGCGUAUCUAUUUAUUUUCACGUUUUUACACUUCAGCCAUCAACUUCUCAAAUGGAUACCUCCAAGAAAUGCGGGUGCUUCAUCAGACUGUGGUCAAAGACGAAGAAGUAGCUGAUGGCUCCCAGGCCCAGGUACAGUAUCGCCGCCCCGAGGUUGGUCAGCACCAGCAGGCUGAGAAUCUGCCGCAGAGCACCGUCCUCCGGCCACGAGGCCGGGUAAACAUACGGCGUGAGGACGUAGCUGUCGGCUACAUCGAGCACGAGAUCCAUGGUGCAACCUGCCAAGGACACAGCAGAACGUGUGUAAGGAACCUUUCAGUUGCAUUGCUUCGCCAUGCCACGGGUAUUUACAAACUUGGUUGGUGAGAUCUAUAUAUAUAGAACGUAAGUGACGUUAAAAAAAAAAGAUCAUAAAUAUCCUGAUUUAAAAAUAAUAAUCCACAUUUGUCCUGCUCUUUGGGGAAAUACAUUAUAUAAAAAUACAUUCAUGCAAACACCACAUAUUGCCACGGAAGUGCCUCACAUUCUGAUCCUAUGUGUACAGUUUUUUACAGACACAAAGUGACCAAUGUUUCGACCUUCCACACACCUCUGUUGAAGAUAAGGCGAUAACUUGAUGAUACAAUAAUGCCAACCUGGACUGGACCUCUGAGCUCUGGCUGCUGUACCAUAUGCGCCUCAUUUGUUUGCAGAAGGUUGCCAGAUGUCAUGCAGUUUAACUGCGUUCUGACACUCAAACAACCUCCAAAACUCAUAAACAAAGUUUAUAUCAAGUUGUCAACACGAGAAACAAAAGCUCUGACCAUGAAUCGAACGUAAAUGCAAACACUCCAGGUGCGUUAGCAAACCACACACAUGCUAAAACGCUUUAUUCUACACACAAUAGCGGCAUGUUUUGGAAUAAACACCACAAAGUCGUGGUUAUAUCACUAUACCUGGCGCGGGAUCGCUGUGUUCCGGAACAGCCGUCACAGACGCGACUGAACUAAACCAGCGAAGUAACCAAUCGGAGAGCGUUUACCUCAUGUCGAGGACGUCCAAUCACCGCGCAGAUCACUGUCACGGCAGUUUCGCUGUCGCCUGCGAUUGGUCGACGCUCAGAUCUGGUCAUGGCGCUACAGGAACAAGCCGUGAGCGCUUAAAGGUCCUGACACAUCUGGAGAGGAGGCGCACGCCCCCCCGGUCUUUGUUGAACCAGGCGGACGCUGCUCAUCCACCAAGAUCGCAACAUGAAAAUCAAAAUGAAGCUGAAUUACAAUGCUUCAAAGCCAUUUCUUUUGAAAUGGAGCUUUGUUCU